AGCCCAACUAUGAAGGCUGCUUUAGAUCUCAGCCCGCUUAGUUGCUUUUACUGGCUUCUCCACAGUUUCUUUGUAAUUUCUGUGAUCAAAUCCUGUCACGCGGUGCCCAUUGUCGGAGGUCGGAUCGUGUCAACCGUGGGCAGCGGCGCAAGUAAAUAUCCGUUCAUGGUCUCAUUGCAAGAUGUAAUCACGGGUAAUACAACGAAUGGAGUUUCCUAUCAGCACUUCUGCGGUGGCAGCCUAAUAAGCGAUCGUUGGAUUCUAUCCGCAGCUCACUGCGUUUGGAGGAAAAACAUUCACAACAUUGCCGCCUUUAUUGGCUAUGAGAAUAUUGAAAACAUUGGGCAGCUGGAGCCAUAUGGUCUGGAGAGCGUCGAGUAUAUUUACUUUCAACCAUCCAACUUUCGGAAUGACAUAGCUCUGCUUUAUAUGAAACGUCGAUACUGGAGUGCUCCAGGAAAUGGCUUGCAGUACGCCCAACUUCCCCCACAUGGCAUGAAACCGGACCAAAAUGAAUCCUGUCGUAUCAUUGGCUAUGGAGCCACACAGCACGCUGGUCCUUGUCAAAAGAAACUUUUCGAGGCGGAAGUUCGCGUGAUUGACAACCAAAAGUGCCGCGAUAUUAUUGGACACAUCUGGGCGCCACAGAAUGGGGCAAAUACGGUGUGUGCCUUGGGCAACAAUCAGGACUCCUGUCAAGGGGAUUCCGGCGGUCCUCUUAUCUGUCCAUAUGGCGGUAAGGACUACAUCUACGGCCUGGUGUCCCACGGACUCACCUGCGGCAUCCAGGGCAUGCCCAGCAUCUAUACGGUGACCAGACCCUACUACGAUUGGGUCCAACUACUGAUGCAGUCCUAGAUCUCUGGCGAACACGUAUAAAUAGUAUAUUUAUUAUGCGAUAUCAAACAGAAAAAAACAAUUAUGAAUAUUUACUUAAACAAUGCAGGAAUAGCAGAAACUAA